GCCUUGUAUGGAUGCGCCUUGCAGCUGAUCUUAAAAAGAAUUUUUCUUAUUUAAAAACAAAACUGACAACUCUUGCAAAAAUGGACCAAUUUGAUAGCGAAAGUUACUGGAAUCGUUCGGCUAGCAGAGGAUUCAGCUUUGAUGACGACGAAAGUUCAUUAUGUGCAUCUGCUUCUGGCAGUAAUAUGAAUGUAAGCAACAUACUCAACGAUUACGACACUAUCUCCGAGGCAAGCUUUGAUAACAGUGUCACGGGUAGUGCUCUCAACCUGUCCAUAAAGUCUGUGAUAUCAGAGGAUACACUAAAGAAAUUGCUGCAGGAGCAAACCCUUGAUGACCGCAUUGUAUCGAAAGGCGUUGCGCCAGAAGAGGAGUUACGUUUGCUACGUAGACAAAUUCAAACUACGUUUUACAAUCCGUCACCCGAAGCAACGGCACACAAACUAUUGCUUGGCAAGAAUGCACCGUUGGAAGUGUUCAAAUCGCUGCACGAAAAAGAACAACUUCUCGACGCAGUGCUGAAGUGUGGAGGUGGCGAUGCGGUCAUUGGCGUGCUAUUAUUCCUCAAAAAAACGUUAAAUCGUUUAAACUUUCUCAAAAUUCUCGAGCAAAGACCGCAGGCUUUACAAUACUAUGUAAGCUACUUGCAGCAGCGUCAAAGUUCUGAAGCUGCAGAAGUUCUACAACACUUUGGCAAACACCAAGAUGCAGCGCUCCUACAAUUCAAAGCGGCAAUGUCUUGCAAAGAUCUGGUGCACCGAAAAAGGAAGUUGCAACAGCUACUCGACCAGUACAGUGGUGAUAAGAAUAUGGUCAGUGUAUAUUUACAACAAUUUCAAGCAGCAUUGAAAUUGUUGGAGUUUGUAGAGAAAGAAUGCAAUGUGCUUGAUAAUCUAGUAGAUAUGCACUCCACGCCUAUUGAAGUACUUUACCAAUGUUGCCGCAAGCACAACAACUGGAAAGAACAGGAUAUGACUCGAACCGUAUCACCGUUUCGGCUAAGUGCGGAUCUACAAAUUUCACCGGCUCAAUUGGAAUGGACUGCCUUGAAUGAGCGUGCCAAUGCACAAGCCUACGCUGAUCUAGAAAGUGUAUUCGAACGUAUUUCCGCUUGGAAUCCCAUGAAGACAAAACAAUUUCAUAUAAGUUUUUCAUUGGAACUGGCGAUUUUACGACUUUACUCACUGCAAGCACCCACAAGCGUAUUAUAUAUGUUUUUAACAAAAAUGAGCAACACAACAGAAAAAUUAGAGCUUGCCCAGCGCGUUAAGUGUGUGCGUGCGGUAAUUGAUGCCCUGACAGGCAUGAAGGAUGUAAAUCAGUUAACCCAACUUAAGGACACAUUACCGCAGCGAUCAGAAGAGCAAAUUUACUGUGAAAAGGCGCUAAAAAGUUUACAAACAAAGCGUUGGACUACGGAAAACAUAAAGUUGAAGUUGUAAAUGAGCUGGGUAAUGGGUCUUGGGGAAAGCAGCAAUAUUUUGGAUGUGUAGGACGCAUUAUCGAAUAUUUUUUGAAAAACUUUGUUAUAUGUAUACAAAUAAUUUGUUUUAAAGUAAGCAACUUCGCGUAGUAUUUACGGUAACUUCCUUUGUUACUCAUGUUUAUAUGUUAAUACAUAUAUGCAGGAAUAAGCAUCUGUCAAAAUAAUAAAAUUAUAGUUUAAAAAACUAAAA